GCCUUACCCCGCAUCUAUCUGAGAGGUGUAAAGCCCUUUGCGCCUCUUCUAAGUCUCUAUUACCGCUCACUGUCUUGGCGAGCAGGAAAAGACGAGUAACGACGAAUCUACAUUAUCAUGGAGUGUGGCGGACAGACUGGACGUGGCUUCGGUGAAGAGAUGUUAGGUAACGAUGAGCGGUGCAGUUUAUCGGGGCUAGAGUUCUUCGAUAGUGAGGAGGAUAAGAAGAGGCACGCGAAAAUCGCGGCGCGUGCACAGGAAAUGUACGACGAAGGACGGCCUUUAUUUACGAGGGAGAUGAUUGUGGACGCUCAGAGGCAGAUAGAUGAGCUCAACGCGGGCAGAUUCCCGGAGGCGGGGAGCCUCACUGUCAUCGGUAUGGACAGUUGCCGGUACGACAACAUGCGAGUCCUGUUGGAACAUGAGCGCCACAAGAGCUCUAAACCGACAAUGCAGUUCAAUGACGCAUACCGGUUGACUGACCUCACCGGCCGAGCGGCUGUGUACUAUGGAAAUGGAGUAACCCCCGUCCAAAUCACUUGGGCGAGGCAUGUCGUUCAUAUCGAUGAUACCUUGAACAUUACUACGGCUGAUGUAGCCGCAAUUCUGGACUCUUGUAUAGGCAGCGUUUCUCGUACCGAGACGUGGCAGAUGCUAGAGGCCAUCAUUAGUGGACCUGACAUGAAGCGGCUUCGAGUUGAGAAGGUCAUUGCUUUCGGCCUGGGGAAUUUAACGUCCGGAGCCAUUCCAGGCGACGAGCACCGAAGCUCCUGCAUGCAGCAUGCGGUGCUACUUCUCCUCGCGAACCUGCUCCAGGAGAUUAUGGGCCACCCGGUACAGCUCGUUGCUCAAGACCCCUCAUAUGUCGCCACUUGCAAGGAGGUCCUCCUCGCGAGAGGCGUCGAGAUUGCGGAGCCAGAGUCAGGGUUUCUACUCGUGGACGAGCACACGCUGGUCUUUACAGUGUCGUGUAAUGUUCCCGUGAAGCAGAUCGUGACGGAGCUGGCGCGUCCGGCGGCGAUAAUCUGGGGCUACGUCGAGCCUGAGCACGUUCCGCGUACAUGGACGAGGAAUGAGAAGGGGGUAUGGGUUUUUCCAUAUACGACGGAUCAUUCAUCGCCACGGGUGCGUGAGAUGGUUAAGGAGUAUACCGAGUAUCUCUUACCCGAGGACGACGCCUGCAUUAGAAACUCGGCGCUAUAUAUCCGCAAGGAAACUAUAGAUGCUGCGUGAGCUUCACGUGCUGCGCCUCUAAUAAGUAGAGUAAGUAAGGGGGGCCAAGGAGGAUAAGGUGGAAGACAGACGGCUAGAUAACCUUUCGGAACUUCGUUUCUUAAAGCACUUGACUACGCCAGUGAUACCCUACUUAACUAUCGAU